AUUCAUCUAUGCCGGCCCGCAAUUUCCACUCCAAGUCCCGCGAUGGGUGUCUACGCUGCAAGGCGAACCGAGUCAAAUGCGACGAGCAAAAACCUGCCUGCCUGCGGUGCCAGGACCGUAAACUGCCCUGCCCCGGGUAUCGUCACCACAGCCUACGAUGGCUCGCCAAACACCAACAGGGCAUCGAUCGCCACGUUUGCACUCCUGCCAGCCCGAGAUCGACGUCUACAGAGCCGGUGUUUGUCUUUGAACUGAUGCCAGCUCCCAGUCAGACGGUGGACAGCGAUGGCCAUGACCAGCCCAUCGACGACUUUCUCUGCGAUCCCGAGCUCUCCUUGUCGGACUGGGUGGAAUGGCCAGGAGCUGAGCCAGACACAGACGCGAUAGAAACACAGCCCGAGGCAGCGUCAGAACCCCCGACAGCAGCAGCAGCAGCAGCAACAUUGGAGCUCUCGACAAGCCUCUGUCAUCAACCGUCGGCGCUGUGCGAAUACUUCUUCAAGGAGGUCAUCACCCUCUACUGCGCGUGGGACAGCCACGCCAACGCGAUGCGGAUCAUGGCCGAGGCCUUCUGGCAGCAUUCCGUGGCACUAUACCACACCAUCCAGAGCAUGGGCGCCGCCUGUCUGGCCACGACGUUCCCUCAUCUCGCCGCCGUCGCGGUGCAGGAGCGUGCGCAGGCCAUUCGCCUGCUCCAGACGCACUCAUCCGGACAGGAAGACCGUCUGCUGGCCGCCUGGCUGCUCGGGCAUACAGCGUCGUGGCACGAGCCGCAGGACCUGGCUGUCGAGCUGUUCCGCGAGAACUGCCUGAUUGUGCGCGACUCUGCCGCCAACGGACGCCUGCACGGGGCCAGUGUUCCGUUCUUCGAGGAGGCCAUCGACUACUGGGCGAUGCUGCUGGCCUUCUUCACCAAGGAUCACAGCCAGAACCCGUUGCGGACGGCCGAGCCGGCUUCAUCGCCCUCCUCCUCAUCCCCUGAAUCCAGCCUGCCGCACCCGUGGACGGGCAUCUCGCGGCUGACGGUGCGGAUGUUGACAGAGGUCGGGCAGCUCGUCUUCCGCCAUCGCUCACGGAUGCUCUCUCGCUCGGGCUUCCUCACCGAGACGGACAUGGACGCCUUCCGUGAAGCUCUACGGACCGGGCGGGCUCUCGAGAGACGGCUCCUGAGUUAUCGGCCGGUGAAUGUCUCCGACAUCCUCGACCCGGGCGAUCCACGCACCUCCACCGGCCAUUUACACGCCAUCGACGAGGCGUACCGCCAUACAGGCCUGUUACAGCUGUACCGCGUGUUUCCGGAUCUGCUGGCAGAGCGAUACAGCCCGUGGAAGGCAGAGGAGAUUCUCUGGGCACGUCCGGCCACCAAACAGCCGUCCCGGACGGAACAGGAUGUCUGGCGGACGAAACUUGCCAUCUACAUCUUAGACAUCCUGCGAGAGAUCCCCUUUGAGUCCGGGACGCGCUGCUUACAGCCGUUUAUCCUUGUCGCUGUCGCCAGCGAGCUGCGCUGUGUCUAUACAGAGAACCGGGUGGACGAUGACAUGAUCGCCAUUGCACAGGCCCGACGGUUCGUCAGCUCGCGACUAUCUGCCUAUACGCACAUCCUGCCCUUGCGAAAGGUGCGGAAGAUGAUCGAGCUGGUGGAUUCUAUUUGGUCGGCGCUGGAUUCGGGGCAACAGGACGUCUACUGGAUGGACAUUGCGGAUCAGAAACAGCUGCGGACAUUAUUGGGUUAGUUUAUAUAUAUUUAUUAU